AUGGAGGGCCCCGCUGGUGCUGCUGCGGCGGCGGCGGUGGGCACCGGGCCCGGUAGUAACGUGCCGGCCUUCCUCACCAAGCUCUGGACGCUGGUGGAGGACCCCGACACCGACCCCCUCAUCUGCUGGAGCCCGAGUGGAAACAGCUUCCAUGUGUUUGACCAAGGACAGUUUGCCAAGGAGGUACUCCCGAAGUACUUCAAGCACAACAACAUGGCCAGCUUCGUGCGGCAGCUCAAUAUGUAUGGCUUCCGAAAGGUGGUGCACAUCGAGCAGGGAGGAUUGGUGAAGCCGGAGAAAGACGACACCGAAUUCCAGCACCCGUACUUCAUCCGAGGCCAGGAGCAUCUCCUGGAAAACAUCAAGAGGAAAGUAACCAGCGUAUCCAGCAUAAAGAACGAGGACAUAAAGGUUCGGCAGGACAAUGUAACCAAGCUGCUGACCGACAUCCAGGUGAUGAAGGGGAAGCAGGAGAGCAUGGACUCCAAGCUGAUAGCCAUGAAGCACGAGAACGAGGCGCUGUGGAGGGAGGUGGCCAGCUUGAGGCAGAAGCACGCGCAGCAGCAGAAAGUUGUCAAUAAGCUUAUCCAGUUUUUGAUUUCAUUGGUGCAAUCCAACCGUAUUCUUGGGGUGAAGAGGAAGAUCCCCCUGAUGUUGAACGACAGCAGUUCAGCACAUUCCAUGCCGAAAUACAGUCGCCAGUACUCCCUGGAGCACGUCCACGGCUCGUCCCCGUACGCAGCUUCUUCCCCAGCGUAUAGCGGCUCCAACCUCUAUUCCCCGGAUUCUUCAGCCAACUCUGGCCCCAUCAUCUCCGACGUGACGGAGCUCGCCCAGUCCAGCCCUUCAGCAUCUCCCAGCGGCAGCCUUGACGAAAGGAGUAGCCCCGUGGUCCGGAUCAAAGAAGAGCCCCCCAGUCCCUCCCGCAGCCCCAAGAUAGAGGAGGCCAGCCCAGGGAACCCUCCUGCUGUCGAAACUCCUCUGUCUCCCUCCACGUUCAUCGACUCCAUCCUGCAGGAGAACGAACCCAGCACCACGACCGCUGCCGCUGGCAACAGCACCACACAGCCUCAGCCCCAGGAAAAGUGCCUCAGCGUUGCCUGCCUCGACAAGAAUGAGCUCAACGACCACCUGGACACCAUCGACUCCAACCUGGACAACCUUCAGACGAUGCUGACCACGCACGGCUUCAGCGUCGACACGAGCGCGCUGCUGGAUCUCUUCAGCCCCUCCAUGACGGUUACAGACAUGAACCUCCCCGACCUGGACAGCAGCCUUGCCAGUAUUCAGGAUCUCCUUUCGUCCCAGGAACAGCAGAAACCCACCGAGACAGAGGCCAGCACAGCAGACACAGGAAAGCAGCUGGUGCACUACACGGCCCAGCCCCUCUUCCUGGUGGACUCGAGCGCCGUGGACGUGGGGAGCGGAGACCUGCCCAUCUUCUUCGAGCUGGGAGAAGGGCCGUACUUCACCGACGGAGACGAGUACGCGGAGGACCCCACCAUCUCGCUCUUGUCCGGGACUGAGCAGGCCAAACCCAAGGACCCUGCGGUAUCCUAAGGCUGAGGGCAGGGCGAAAAGAGAGGAAGAGAAAGGAUGCGCACGAAAGGGAAAUCCAGCCGCCAGCCUCCUUGCUUUGCACAGACAUUGACAGCUCUCAACACCCUCUGGUUCAUGUUUGCUUCCCCCGGCACUGUGAGGAUUUCAUUUGUGUGUGUGCUUAAUGAGGUGUUUUGAAACCCGCUUUAGAUUCUAGCCACCCAGCGCUCCUCCAGUUCGGCAGUCGUUGGGGGCCGAGCGGUGCCAGAGACCCCGGCGGCGGUGCCGUGCCCGGCCCCCGCGCGGCGCUGAGCGAGCGGGAGAGCCCGGACGGCCCUGGCAGCAGCCGCCGGGCGACCGCGGGCGGCAGCCGAGCCCCGCGCCGGGCACCGAGGGUCCGGCAGCCGCGGGGGCACGGCCGCGGGCGCCCCUCGCCCCGGAGCGCAGGCGCUCGCCGGGGCGUGCGGAUGGGGUCAGCUUCUCAGGGGCAGGGAAUUCCUCCUCCACCCCCGUGUCCCCCUUCCCUCCUCGCCCCGGAGAGGCGGACGCGAUGGUUUUUAAAGAGAAAUAAAAGUUUGCCAAUCUGGCGCCGGUGGGUUGGAUCCCUUUGUGGUCUCUGCCUCGCGGUCUGGUCCCCGAGGGUCUCCGCGUGCGUGCGCACACCCCGGGCGCCCCGGGCUCUCCCCCCCGGGCCCGGCUUUACCUUCUCUUUUUAUUUCCUCUUGCUCUGUGUGUUUCUUUUUGUUUGUUUCUUUGGUUUUUGUUUUCCUUUUGCUUAGCAGUAAAAAAAUUUGUACAUUUACACUUCAGAUUGUUAAUAGUAAAAACUGUAUUUUGAAUUUUUACAUGA